AUGGCGGAAGAGGGUUUCAUUGUUCCGGUGGAGACUCAAGCGUCUCUCAAGAAGAAAACGGCCAUUUAUAGGAGUUGGGUUUUGAUAGAUAAAUCUGGGCAGAGUGCAAUUUUAGAUUUGGAUAAGUAUGCUAUCAUGCGAAGAGUGCCAAUACAUGCGAGAGAUCUUCGAAUUCUUGAUCCCCUUUUGUCUUAUCCUUCUACGAUUUUAGGCCGGGAAAGAGUGAUUAUUCUCAAUUUGGAGCAUAUCAAAGCAAUUAUAACUGCGGAAGAGGUAUUGCUUCGAGAUCCACUGGAUGAUACUGUUGCUCCCAUUGUGGAAGAACUUCAAAGAAUAUUGCCUCUGGUGAAUGGCCAAGGAGAAUCACAAAACAACGUUGAAGCCAAUGAAGGAAAUGAAUUCUCAUUUGAAUUUCGGGUUCUAGAAGUAGCACUGGAAGGCAUAUGCAGUUUUCUAGAUGCACGUACAAGGGAAUUGGAGCAUGCUACUUACCCAGCUUUAGAUGAGCUGACCUCCAAAGUAAGGGAUUUCUUCUGCAUAUUGAUUAGCAGCCGUAAUUUGGAUAGAGUGCGUAAAUUGAAGAGCUCAAUGACAAGAUUGACCAGCCGGGUUCAGAAAGAAGAAGAGAAAUUAGUUAUUCCUCUUCAUGACUGA